AUGGUGAGGAAAUUACCCCUCGAUAACAUUCAAGACUCUCCGACUAGUGAGACCUUCUUGCAUCCGGGGGACUCGCAGAACUCGGAUGCGAUAUUGGUCGCCUUGGAUAACUUGAAAGCAUAUGCAGCGAAGGUGGCGGGCGAAGGUGGCAAGCAAAAAGCGAUACAAUUGGAACUUGUAUUAGAAGAAGCCGACGAACCUGACCUUGGUCUCCAAGGCUCUCCUGCCACAACCCCUAUACCUCCUAUCUCUCCUUACGCACCGACACUGACCGAGCAGUCACGCACUAAGGGCAUACUCUCCAGCAUGGACGAGAGAUCGAGAGUCGCCGUCCUCGUGGACAACGCGGUCGAGACGUUUGGUCCAAUCCCCCGGGAUGUCUUCGAAGCGAUUUUACGCCCUGCUGACGCGAAUAUGGGACUCAUGUCGGCCGUGCAGGACUUCUCGGUACAGCAAGUAAUGGAUGUCAUCACGAAGAUCGUCACAAACUCCCCCCUGGGGCUCUCGGAAGAGAUUCACCGCGUCCUACUCUUCACUGGGCAUCCACAUAUCAUGGAAUAUGUUCGAUGGACGUUGGGGUUCAAGUCUGAUGUAAUUCGUGGGAGGGUUGUUCCACAGCUUUUGUCGAAUGAGCGGGAGGAGCUCGUUGACCUCUAUGAAAGAUAUGAGUGGAAUUCCAUGGUUGCACCCCUGCUUGACGCGAUAAUUGGGCCCGCAAUAUCAGAUCUCCCAGCUGAUUGUCAAGAACCUAUCGACAUGGACCGUAAUUCCUCCUCUGAACCGUCAUCUUCCACGCAAUCUUCAUUCUCCACAAACUCCUCGUGCUCCAUGCAGUUUUCGUCCUCAGAUUCUAACAUCAGUUCCCCCCCGUCGUGCAAUCAGGACAGGGAACCCGUAGGAUGUGACAUCCUCGCCUCUUAUCCCUACUACAUCACCCUCGACCACCCUUAAACGCCCUUGAUAACAGGAUCGGUACGAUCCGAUGAUUCCAUGAGGCGUGUUGGGUUGUCGAGUUUUUCUAUUCUCCACUAUAGACUGGCAAGCCGCUGCUAUACGUUAGUAUCAUUACUCACUGGUGAACUAUAUAGUCAAUGUUUGUAUGGACACGCGUGUUGGUGGUUAUAUAGACAACCCAAAUUAGCACGACUUAGUUCUCUCUGGCAUGCUGAUACUGUACUUAGAUAGACCACAAGUCUACUAAAAACUUUCCAUGCUCAUCGACGUUCGUCAACGUUGUUUGUAC